AUGCGUCCACCUCGGUCACAUGCUCUGGCAAGUCGACCGGUGGUGCUUGCGACGCACAAGACUACUGCGACGGCAAAGGCAACUGCGCCGACAACCGAAACCUGCUGCGGCUCGAACGGCGUGUGCCCGCCCGAUACGUUUGCCAGCGCAAGCACCAAGUGCAUCGGUACCUGCAACGGCAACCCGUGCGACGAUCAAGAUUACUGCGACGGCAAGGGCCAGUGUGUCGACAAGUACAAGCCGUCCGGCACCAUCUGCGGCACGACGGGCAACCCGUGCAUCCUGGCGGCCACGUGCACGGGUGACAUGGGUUUCUGCCCGCCCGAUGACUUUGCGUCGCCGUCGACGGUCUGCACCGGCACCACCAACGGCGGCGUCUGCGACGGCAAAGAUCUCUGCGACGGCGAGGGGGCGUGCGUCGACAAGUUCCUCAAGGCUGUCGUGUGCCAAAAGCCCGUCGGGUACAACCGCCCAACCUACUGCAACGGCAAGAUGUCGACGUGCCCUGUUUCGAGCUUCCUCAGUUUGCGCGAAGCCGGUGACGACGACGUGGCGGCCACCGAGCAGUUGCUCGUGACGAUGCAGUCGUCGUCGCCGAUGGUGCUGCUCGGUCUUGUGUGCGUCGUCGCCAUCGGCGUCGCGCUCGUGACCGUGCGCCAGCAGCAACGCGAGGUGUCGCAGCACGACUACACGGAGCUCUCCAUGUAA